CUGGACAAUGCUCUUUGCAGAGUACAUCCGGAAAAGCAGUUAACGCGGACACACCGUUUUGGACAUACGAGUCUAUUACAAACAUGGCAAAAGGAACCAUUUGCGUGUUGCUUCCAUUUGCCCUGAUAGCUGUCAUCCAUUGCCAAGAAAGCUGGGAUUGUAAAGGUGUCAAGCCAUAUGAACUGAAUGGAGAUGAUGGCGACUCGAAAUAUUUUGUAUGCUUGAGUCAAAAUUCAGAUAAAUUAUACUACGAUUGUCCGGAAGACUACAAAUUCAGGCUGGAGACCAGAAGUUGUACGUUGGAGCUGGAUCAAGUAACUAAACCCACAUGCAGUUUCGCAGGCGAAAAAUUUGUCUAUGUCGAUAAUGAUGAUGAAGGUGAAGAAGGAGGCGAAAGUGGUGGUGAAGGUGGAGGUGAAGAAGGAGCUGGUGGAGGAGGUGAAGGAGGAGCUGGAGGAGGAGGUGAAGGAGGAGCUGGAGGAGGAGGUGAAGAAGGAGGUGAAGGAGGAAGUGAAGGAGGGGGUGAAGAAGGAGCUGAAGGAGGAGUUGAGGGAGAAGGCGGAGAGGGAGUUGGAGGCGAAAGUAGAGUCAAAGCGUGGACUUCGAGAUCAGAAACCACAUGCGAUUCUUAUUGGCUCUGUGAUGAGGAACUGGUCGCCCAGAAACAAACAUGUGAAAGCGGUUUUUCGUUCAACACUCUCCUCUUAGAAUGUGUUUCAAACAAAUAUUGGACAUGUGCCGAGGGCAGCCCUGAUUGUGAAAGCCCAAAUUAUCAGAAUAAGAAAUGGACUAACAAAAAGGAUUGUGGAACAUUUUAUGAAUGCAUUGGCAACAUUCCCACGAAGAGGAAAUGUCCUGCCGGAUAUUACUUCAAUGCCACAGGACAAGGAUGCCUUCACAAUGUGAAUGAACAGUGCAAGGUUCCAACAGAUUGGGCCCCAGCACCACUAGUCGACCUUGAAAAUAUGUGCAAAGGCAACGUUGGAAAAUUCCUUCCAGAUCCAAACUAUUGCAAAGGUUAUUACUACUGUGUCAGUGAGGACACCCCAUACUGGAAAGCAUGUGACAAUGAUCUGUACUUUGAUAAUGGCAACUGCGUCUCCAAGGCGCCAAGCACCUGCAAAUGCGAAACUGUAAAUUGGAAGGAGGUACCAUCGGGAAAAAUAAGUAUUCCAUCUUCAGAUCCAAAGAAGUAUUACUACUGCGUGAAAGGAAAGGUUGGAGUGGAGAUAACCUGUCCAGAAGGUAUGGUCUUCGAUGAAGAGGAGGGAAUGUGCUCUGAGUAGAGAGCUGAAGUUGAAAUUUUGUUUUACUUGUAACAUACAAACGUGUUAAAUAAAGAAUAUUUUUUUGUGUUA